UUCAAUUAAUGAAAUAACAUUCAAAUUGCAGUUUUCAAUAUGAAUAAAUAAUUAAUAAUUUAUAGUUUGAGAUUUGUGAUGGAUUAUGGAUUCCUUUGCGUUCGUAUUUAAACUGAAAUAAAUUCGCCAUAAAAAUUUUUUAAUUGCAGCUGGACAUGAUGAAUGGACAGUAACAAAAGCCAAUAUACCCUAUUACUACAUCGCCUACUCCAGCCCUUGCUCUCUGCCUCGUGCUCUUCGGCUCUGCGGCUCUUCCCGUUGGCUCUGGCUGUAAAUUAAACGCCAAAGUCAAUACUUAAUUGCCUUUGUUGGCCAUAAACAUUAUUGUUUAUACUACGCGAAUAUAUAAACAAAUAUUGCCCAAGAGGAAGAGGUUAAGAGCGAGCGAGAAAGAGGAAGAGACAGGCGGAGCCACAGCGGGUCUCGCCUCAUUCACAGAAAAAGCAGCAGAAAGAAUAGAUAGAAAAUUGAAAUAAAUAUCUAUAGCACUCUUUGCUGGCGCCAACAAUUUGCAUAAUUAAAGCCGUCGUUCAGAUAGUGAAAAGAAGAUAACACGAGCCACAGAGUAGCAUGCUUUAAGGAACCCAAUUGAGAUUGACUUUAACAAUGCAGGAGACAAACAUGGCACAGCGACAGAUGGAUGAGAGGGUUUCGCUGAAUGAGACGCUGCUCAAGGACUUAGAGAUCACGCGUGGUGAUAUUCAGGACUUCGUUAAGCUGCUCUUUGAUUUCCAGAAGAAGAACCAAACGCAGCAGGACGAAUGUCAAGGCUACUGCCAAGGCGAAAUCUACAGUUGGCUGCGUGCGUACAAUGGCAUCCAUGGCUAUGUCUCGCUAUUGAUUUGCAUAUUUGGGACAAUAGCCAACAUACUAAACAUAAUGGUGUUGACCAGAAAGGAAAUGGCCAAGGCGCCCAUUAACAACAUAUUGAAAUGGCUGGCAGUGGCCGAUAUGUUUGUGAUGCUCGAGUACAUACCCUAUACGACAUAUCAAUACAUAUAUAUGAAGCCAGGCGAGAAGGACUUGAGUUACGCGUGGGCUGUUUAUUUGUUGGUCCACAUGCACUUUACACAGAUUCUGCACACGAUUUCGAUAGGUUUGACUGUUACCUUGGCUGUUUGGCGCUACGUGGCAAUCAGACAUCCGAAUGGCAGCUGUGCCAAUUUUCUGCUCGCACAUUCCAGAGAGGCGAUACUCUUCCCCUUCAUCAUCUCGCCCAUACUCUGUUUGCCCACGUACUUCGUGUUUAAGGUGCGUGAGACACACGAGAUGGACACCAAAGAGCAUGAGGCCAUGUAUCAUGUCUACUUUGACACGGACUCUAUGCUAUUUAGAUUCAACUUUUGGAUACAUUCCGUGAUUAUUAAGCUGUUGCCCUGUUUCAUUUUAACUGUCAUCAGUCUCGUUCUGAUGCACGUUCUGUGCGAAGCUUCACGUCGGCGUCUCAAGCUCAAGGACUACGAUAAUCCCACCAAAUACGCCAUUCAGCUAAAUCUCAAUGAAUCGAAGUCCAGGCGGCCUCCUCGUUGUGAUCGUCGCAAUGAUCGAACCACUCUCCUUCUGGUGGCUGUGCUGAUUCUCUUUCUGGUGACGGAGUUUCCUCAGGGUCUGCUGGGCCUUUUGUCGGGCGUGCUGGAAAAGUGUUUCUUCGCCCAUUGCUAUCCGCCUUUCGGGGAGCUGGUGGAUCUGCUGGCGCUCAUCAAUGCAGCUGUGGGCUUUGUGCUCUACGGACUCAUGUCGAAACAGUUUCGCACAACGUUCCGAUCUCUGUUCUUCAAGCGACACUUUGGCAGCAGCGAGAUGACACGACUCACUCGAGUGACCACUACCUGUGUCUAGAAGCUACUGAACGGGGGGAGAUCGAGAAGAAAUUAGAGGCAGGUGGGGGAAAGCAUCUCAAAGAUGUGCUUUGGAAAAACUUUGAAAAAGUUAAGCUGAAACUGACAGCUAGGGCGUCUAGGGUAUACCAAAACUAAAAGAAACAGUCGAGUCGCGUCGACCCGCCGAGUUGCACAUUUUGUAGGGUAUGAAGUGCCAUUUCCAUUUAGCAGACACAUGAAACGAAUUUUGUAUGCAGCUUGAAGUUAGAUUUAGAAAAAGCUAUUGAUAAAUAUCGAUAAAUAACGGUAUUUCGCUAUAUAUGCAAAUAUAUAAAUUAACUAAACUGAACUAUUUAUGAUUCUGAGAUAAGAAACGCCAGCGUUUAUUAGCUUUUAAGAGUUGAAUACGAUUUUUUAU